AUGAAGCUACUCUUGGUCAUUGCAAUCCUGCUGCUCCAGAAGGCCACAGUAACUGAACAACUUAAGAAAUGCUGGGGUGAAUACAUACAAGGACACUGCAGGAAAGUUUGCAAAGUAACUGAAAUACGUAGAGUACUAUGUGAAAAUGGGAAAUAUUGUUGUCUCAAUAUCUUGGAACUGGAAGAACGUAAAAAAAUUACGAAGCCGCCUCUUCCAAAGCCACCGACAUUUGCAUACACAUUUCCUCAAGAGUAUAUAUACACGGAAAGUAAGUCAAACAGCAUGACAAAUUCUACAUAA